AAAAAAAAAAAAAGAAGACCAAAUUCUCUUUUUCCCUACAAAAAUAGCUCUCACGUAAUGGCCUCUUCUUCUGCAACGAGACCUCAAGUGUUCAUCAACUUUCGCGGACCAGAUUUGCGCAAAGGCAUUGUCAGCUUUCUCGUGCAUGAAUUGACACGCGAAAAUAUCAACGUCUUCAUAGACGAUCAAGAGGAGAGGGGACAACACCUUUCAACCUUGUUUCGAAGGAUAGAGGAGUCCAAGCUGGCGCUGGCAAUAUUCUCCGAAAAGUACUCCGAGUCAAAAUGGUGCUUGGACGAGCUGGCGAAGAUCUAUGAAUGCGUGAAAGACAAUAAACUUAAAGUGAUCCCAGUCUUCUACAAGAUUCCCGUCGAUUCUGUUACACAUCUCACUGGGCACUUCGGCGAUCAAUACAGAAAGUUGAAGAACGAAUACAAAUUAAAAGAGCCAGAAAGGGUCAAGAGUUGGAAAGAAGCCUUGAUGUCCAUUCCUAAGUACUUUGCCAUGCCACUUUCGGCAGCCAGUGGCACGUCAGAUAAAGAUUUCGUAGACAAAAUCGUCAAGGAGGUACAGAGAACGCUGAAGGCCGUCAAGGGGCAGCCUGAAGCAGUUCAGGAAAGACAGCAACCUGAAGCAGUUCAGAUAAGACAGCAACCUGAAGCAGUUCAGAUAAGACAACCGAUUGUAAAUCGUCAGAGUUGCAUGUACAGUUUAGAGAACCUGACGAUCAGCAGUUCUUGUAAAGCCAGUUAUUGGACCAUUGUGUCCAUAUCCGAGUCACCCAAUGAGGAGUCCAGUAAAGUUGCGAAGAUGAGAGAGUGUUGGUAUCUAGAUUUCCGCGGAACGGUCGACACCACAAAACUGGCAUCCGGGACAAGGUACGAGGUGGUGUUUGUGGUGAAAGUAGAGGAUACUAUGCGCAGAUGGGAUUCUCCGGCAAUGGUACGACUGAUGGUACCCGAUAACGAGCUUCAAGAGCGGAAAUUGCAAUUUGUCGAUCUCGAAAGAAACGAGUGGAUUGAAAUUCAGGCCGGCGUUUUCAUUGCACAGCCGCAUAAAGUGCAGACCGAGUUCAAGUUGUACCAGUAUGAGCCUAUUCUGAUGACAGGGCUCAUCCUUAAAGGGGCUAUAAUUCGUCCCGUGGAGUAAUACAAAUGCAUCAUACGCCACGUACAAGCUGAAGUUUGAGUCUAUCUUUCUAUGAAUGGUGGCACUAUCUAUCUUAAAUACUAUUGUAAUGAAUAAGUUAAGUUGAUUGCUUUGUUGUUUUGGUUUGUUUUGUUAAACGAUUGUGUUUGUGUUUGUGUUUAUAAUAAUUGAAUUUAAGUUUUCAUUUAAAUAACUUCUUUAUCAUACGAAAAUGCAUUUGCUUGUUGGUUUUUGUAUA